CAGUGUGUGGGAAAUCAAUUGACAAACCCUUUUCUUGGAAACUACUCUUCCCAUCAGGCUUAGCCUACCUUGUUUCAGUGCACAGGGUAGCAGUGUUACCAUGUCACCACUUGCUCUGAUCUCAGAAGAAAUUUCAGAUACUGUGAACAUGCUGUUAACUGUUGCAGAAAAGAUUAAAAGGCCUUUCAUAGGCCUGUUGAUCCUUCAGUCAUCUGCUGCAAACUCCAUGACUUAAAACUCUUUAUUUCUGCAUUUAACUGGCCAUUUCCUGCACUCUCCACCUCUAAAGCACUCUGCUAUUUUCUUCAAGACUGGAUACUCUCUCUCAUCUCUUCGUUUCCUUGCGCCGUCUGGCACAAGACGAAGUAAGAUUCAGACAGUUGGCGCUUGCCUGUCCACACUCCAUUGGUGGUGGCAAAAUGGCAGCUUCUGUCUCAUCAGUCCUCCUUCCUCUCCCUCCCUCACCCUCUCCUGAGAGAAGUAACCCAGAUUUCGAAAUGACUCGCUGCCUCUCUCUUUCUCUCUUUCUCUUUUUUUCUCUCUCUCUCUCUCUCUCUCUCUCUCUCUCUCUCUCUUUCUCUCUCUUUUUCAUCCUCUUCUUAGUAAAAACAGAAUCAAUCUUGGAAAGAGAAUACCACCUCUCUAUCCCGUCCUCCUCCUCACCCUGCCUCUGGGUUAACGGAUAUAUAACACUUUACUCUUCUAUCUUUGGUUCUUAGAAAGCUUGAAUCUCCAGAAACGCUUGUUGCUUCCACUUGCGCUUUUUGUUGUAAUAGGUUUUUAUUUUCUUUUUUUUUUACAUUUUGGCUGAUUCUUUUCUGAUUACCACAGCACUACUUCUAUUGGUCUUUUCGUCCCGACUCUCUCUUUUUUAGGUGACCAGCUACAGGUGUGACAACUCAGUCUUUCUUUUGAAGUGUGCCAAACAAGGCGAAGAAAGGGGGAGAGGAAGAGAAGAAAGCUGUCCUUUAGUCAAGCCUUUCUUACUAAAUCACCAUAAAUUCAGUAUCCUCCAGGCAUCAUGUCGAUCCCAAUCUCCCCUUCCCCUUCCCUCUCCUCAUUGACACUGGCCUCCCCUACAUCGGCAACCUCCCCCGGUGCCUCCCCUCUGCCAUUGCCCCUCUCCCCUCCACCCAGGGUGCCUGUGUUCCAGAGGAAGGGAGCGCUCAAACACAAAAGGAUUGUCGAGGUUAAAGACCACCAGUUCACUGCCCGCUUCUUCAAACAGCCCACCUUCUGCAGCCACUGCACCGACUUUAUCUGGGGCAUCGGCAAACAGGGAUUCCAAUGUCAAGUUUGCAGUUUUGUGGUCCACAAAAGAUGUCACGAACUUGUCACCUUCACUUGUCCUGGCUCUGUGGCGGGCCCUAGACCAGAGGACCUGAAGAGUCAGCACACAUUUAAAGUCCACACUUACUCCAGUCCCACCUUCUGUGACCACUGUGGCUCGCUGCUGUACGGCCUCAUACACCAGGGCAUGAAAUGUGGCUGUUGUGACAUGAACGUCCAUCGACGGUGUGAGACCAGUGUUCCCAGUCUCUGUGGUCAAGACCACACAGAGAAGAGAGGGAGGAUCCACCUGACUGUCAGAGGAGAUACGGAAGAUGUCUAUGUCACAGUGCGGGAGGCCCGUAACCUGAUGCCCAUGGAUCCAAACGGCCUGUCAGACCCGUAUGUUAAAUUGAAAUUGAUUCCAGACCCGAAGAGCCACAGCAAACAGAAGACCAAGACCAUCCGCUCAACACUUAAUCCCGUCUGGAAUGAGAGUUUCACCUUCUCAGUGCGCGGUCACCAGUGGGACAGGCGUUUGUCUGUGGAGGUAUGGGACUGGGACCGCACAUCCAGGAACGAUUUCAUGGGAGCGCUGUCAUUUGGAGUGAGUGAGAUCUUCAGGCGUCCUAUCAGCGGCUGGUUUAAACUCCUCGCCCAAGAUGAGGGAGAGUACUAUAACAUCCCUGUGCCGGACCCAGAUCUGCAGGAGCCUCAGCCAGACGGCACAACACCCUCUCUGCCUCAAGUACAACCUGCCGCGCUGUCUGAACCGUUCCAUGCGGCCCUGUCCCCAACCCCUGUACCAUCCUGCCCACCAGUCCACACCCCAGGCCCUGCCAAAGUCAAAGUGGGCAUCCUUGACUUCAACUUCCUCAUGGUGCUGGGCAAAGGCAGCUUUGGCAAGGUGCUGCUGGCAGAGGAGCGAGGCAGCGAGCGACUGUUCGCCGUGAAGGUGUUGAAGAAAGACGUUCUCUACCAGGACGAGGACAUGGAGAGCGCCCUGGUGGAAAGGAGGGUCCUGGCGCUUUCCUCUCGCCCUCAUUUCCUCACAUCACUCUACUGCGCCUUCCAGACUGAGGACCGUCUGUAUUAUGUAAUGGAAUAUGUCAACGGAGGAGACCUGAUGUUUCACAUUCAGAUAGUUGGCAAGUUCAAAGAGCCUCAUGCAGCGUUUUAUGCAGCAGAGAUAGCGGUCGGCCUCUUCUUCCUCCACAGCAAAGGCAUCAUCUACAGGGAUUUGAAGCUGGAUAAUGUGCUGCUUGACAGCGAGGGCCACAUAAAGAUAGCUGACUUUGGGAUGUGCAGGGAGGGCAUGUUACAGGGUGACACCACGCACACAUUCUGCGGCACUCCUGACUACAUCGCCCCCGAGAUUGUGGCAUAUCAGCCCUACGACAAAGCAGUGGACUGGUGGUCCUAUGGAGUACUGCUGUAUGAAAUGCUGGCAGGACAGCCACCAUUUGAUGGUAUUGAUGAAGAUGAGCUGUUUCAGUCCAUCAUGGAACAGAGUGUCAUAUACCCGAAAAAUCUCUCUCGUGAAGCUGUUGCUAUCUGCAAGGGACUCCUGACGAAGCACCCGGCCAAGCGUCUGGGGGGAGGACAGGAUGGAGAGAGAGAAAUCAGGGAGCAUCCGUUCUUCUGCUGGAUUGACUGGGACCGUCUGGAGAGACUGGAGAUCCCAGCGCCCUUCAAACCCAGAACUGGUGGGAAAAAAGGUGAAAACUUCGACAAGUUCUUCACAGCAGCUCCACCAGCUCUCACUCCCUCUGACCCGGAUAUACUCGCAGCCAUCAACCCAGAAGACUUCCAGGGCUUCACCUUCCAAAAUCCAGACUUUGCCCCCUCGCCUCUCACUGCUGUUUAAAAACGACUCCCACACAAACAUUUCCUCUGAGGGUACACAAAAUACCCUGGUAAUCCCCCUAAUAGUAGUUUUAUAACAAAGAAUUUGAACAUGAGAGCUAGCAGCGAGAAUUAAAGACUCCUCUCAUAACCAAAUUCUGACGUUUACAUGAAAAUGCCAAGACACCUUCAUAUUUAUGCACUCUCUUUGAUGUAUGUAUUAUGUUAGUAAUAUGUUGCAGCAAUGCAAACAAAACCAGUAUUAUGCUGUAGGUUUCCAUCUUAGAGUUUUUCCUGGAAGACAUCCCUUAAUUUGAUAUAAGAGUACUGUAGUAUGAACUUGAGAAAUAAAUCUCUUUUGCAUGCAGUGUUUUAGAAUGAUUUGCUUUGACACAUUAGUUUUCCAGAGUGGUAGAUUAUCCAAGCAAAUAUACCAGUGUAACUUUACAACCAAUUUAUAAAAAAAAAUGAUUUUGUUACUCUGGUUAAAAUAAUUUUGUGUAUUAAGAAGCUGUAUUUUACAAAACUAAGACAAGUCAGGUUUUUCUCAUACAGCUCUACAGGCCAGAUAGCAGGCAAAACAAGUCACUUUUUAAUCAUUUUACAGUUCAUACACAUGAAUACAAAAAUAUUUCUUAGCAGGUCAAAUACACAGUACAGUAAUUCAGCAUCAGAAGCUCUAUAUUGUGUCUUUCUAAAUAUCUAUCUCACUCUGUGUGUGUGUGUGUGUGUGUGUGUGUGUGUGUGUGUGUGUGUGUGUGUGUGUGUGUGUGUGUGAGAGAGAGAGAGAGAGUGUUGACACUUUGAUGAUGCAAACUGAGCAAGUAGCCUUUUUUAUUUAGUAGACUGGCAUCCUGUGGAAGAGCUCAGACAGGUUCCUCUGGCCUGACCUGAACUCUUAGUUUAACGUCACACCGGUGACCUCAGAUAAACCACAGUGAUGCCGAAACAACGCACCAGGCACAAUGUGACAGUUAAUGUAGGCUGCAGUGCUGCCUCCCCCCAGCUCAUGCCCACUCUGCCUGGCUCUAUUGUCACUGGGAGGAAGUCCUCACAUCACUGCCACAGUUUGGUCUGCAUCAUUUUUUAUUCACGUGAUUUUUUUUCUCCAAUAUUCCUGAGCAAGCUGCGGGCCUAUCCGCAUUGCAAUAUACAGUAUCUGUGCUCCUUAAUGACAUCAUACAACACUAAAAUAUGUAUUUGCAGUCUUAGAAAAUAUGCCUCUCAAUAAUGUUUUCAAGAAGCUUGUACAGAUACAAGUAUUAUUUUCGUGGUGUAUACCAUGAAGCUUUUUGCUAUGUAAUGAAGUACUCACAGCAUUGAUUAGGCGUAAUUAAAACUGAGGCUCACUGGGACUGUUCAAUACAUGGAAAAAUGUACUGUCAUUAAACACUAUCUGAGCAGGGCAAGUGCCUGCAAAUAGACAGUUUAAUAAUCCCGUUUCAGUGCUCUUAUCUCACAAACCAGCUGGUUAUUUCACACCAUCAUUCAGAGGAGCAAAAUCAUACAGAUUUGCUUUGAGUGCGCAUGUGUGUGUCCCUUUAAUAGUGGUCAACUGUAAAAGGGCAUUUCAUCUGAUCGCCUUAGCUCAGUUUGACUUGAGGUCAAAUGUGACAACACACAAUAACGAUCAAUAAUAUAUAAUGCAAUAGAUAAUUUAUGCAUUUAUGUAUCUGUUAGUUAACUUCUGUUUUUAUCUGCUGGAAAAAGAAUGUCAAAAUAAACUGGCUGAAAAAA